CACCUCUAUAACCUCACCUCUCUUUCCCUCUACAAGCAUCACAUUUUACCUUCAACUCCUAUUAACCAUUACAUGUCCACAUUCUUUACGGUACCCUCCUUAUAAUUCCGAAACACGUUCAUUGUAAUCUCUUCGAACCCCUUUCGACCUUUUUCUAUUCGAUUUUGAGAGCCAAACCUUGAUCCUAUCUCACCACCGCUCAGGCCAUGGUAGGCUGGUUGUUCUGCCACUAAAGAACUUGAAGCACAGUUCAAAUUUAUAUGCUGUAGUACAUACGAUAGAGGGUUUGAACUAUCUGGAUUCUUGUCAUUUCACAUUUCACGGGGUCAACUCGAGGAUCAUCCAGAAGAUCUGAGAGAAAGCACUGAAACCUGGCGCAUCAAGACUCGAAUCUCAUUGUCCGACAGCCAAAAUGUUCUACAGUCACGAAAUCUUGACGAGCCGGAAGUAUGGAGUGGCCACCGUCUGGUUGGUUGGAACUCUUGGCCCAACGUCGACGGCGUUGAAAGUCAAACGGAAGCAGAUCCUCGGCGUCGAUGUCAGGAAAGCAUGCGAGACAAUCAUACAACCUGAGGCCCCGAUGGCACUGAGGCUUCAGAGUAGUCUCCUAUACGGAGUUUCUCGAGUCUAUAAUCAACAGUGUGGCUACGUUCUCCAUGAUGCACAGACUGCCCAGAAUAACAUGAGGGCCCUCUUGAAGGUCAUGAAGAACAAUGCAAUUGAUCUCAAUGCUGGCGCAGCACGCCCCGACCAGCUCAUGCUCAUGGACGACCCAGCAUUCGAACCAGGCCUGGCUCUGCCAUCUCUCCCGCCAUUGGACUUCAGCAUACUCGACCAAGGAUUCAAGGACUCGCAGUAUUCAAUGCUUUCCUCAUUGAAGUCAUCUAACGCGUCUGGAUUUUCGAACUCCUCUCAAGCUUCUAUCAUCGGCUUGCAAAUUCCAGCUUCGGAUAGUGAUAUCACGGGACAAUUCCAGCUCCCUGGGCGAUUUCAAUUAGGAUCUUCUGCUCAGAAAACACCAAGCGGAGUCAAUCCAUUUGACGGUGAUGAACCAGGCCUGUUGGAUGACCUUGACUUCGAGUUCGACGCUGAUGGUGCUAUGGUCGAGGUGAAUGCGGAAGAGCUCGAACGCCGAAGGACGGGUGUUUACCCUGCUGGAACCGGCCGUCUUCAAAGCGACUCUGCUGCCAGCGAGAGAGUUAGGCGUGACCAUGAGGAGGCGCUCAUUGGUCGCCCAGGCAGACUUGACGAUGACGGAGAUUUCAUCAUGCAGAUGGACGACGACAUGAAUAUUCUUCCCGACGCGGAGGCAUUCCCAAAACACCAGGGAGCUAAGCUGCGUGGGGACAAUGAGUCUAGCCUCGAAGAAUCUUCAGUCUCAGCGGAGGUACCAAUGAAGAAGAAACGGCAACGAAAGGCUCUCAAAGUCAUCUCAGACGUGGAUAUCCGGCUUGAUAUUCGCAACUCUGAGCUCAGCGAGUGGCAGACGAACUAUGUUCAGAACAUGGCCAAGGAUAAACAUGCGAAGCGUAUGAGAGCCAUCAAUAAGUAUGCCGUGGCUAAUGCGAGCAUUUUCAUCUGGGGAAAUGGGAUUGGAGGUAUCGGCAAAAUAAUCCGGUAUUCUGGAAAUGUUCCACAUCUUCUCGAUAUUUUCAGCGGAGACAAGUUGAAAGAACUUCUCACUGGAGUAGCGAGCACCCUAGGCCGACGCAUGAAAAGAGCCCGUUCCGCUUUCGAUGAGAAUGACGAAGAAGCAGCCCGCAAUGUUCGCGCUCGACCCGACUUGGAGCCUCAGCUCCCACGAGCUGUUGGAGAGGAUACUUUCAUGCCAAAUUUUGAUGAUGAGAUGAUGCCAUAUCCAGACGACUCAAGUGGCGUAGAGCAAGGAAGAGAGGCAUUCACGCCGCUUCAAGACCACCACUCGUCGGCCAUGCCAUGGAAUGUGUCUGCAUCUGUCAACUCGUUCCGCCAUAGAUCGUCUUCUGUGGUACCUGGACAAGGGCGCCAUUCAUCAGUUAUUCCAAGCAGACCAGGAUCCAGGCACCCAUCUGCCAGCCCCUUACUCGGCCGUGGUAGACUUCUCAGCGACAAUGACAUGGAGCUUCCUGCUGGAGGCGUGAGAAGCUCAUCUGUUUUUGAAAACGAAGAGCUCGAAGCCCUUGGACCAUCUGCAGCCGUUGAUACACAGACUGCUCAGAACAGCCAGUGGGUGGCAGAUGCGCUGGAGACCGAGUCGCUCAAUUUCCUGGAGUUUGUGAAGUGCUCACAUCAGGAGGCAGAGGCGGACCUGGAAGACCAGGACUCCCAAGAUGGCGACGAUGAACCUAGAGAGAACUGGGUCGGCUUUGAGACUUUAUUCCCUCCGCAGGAAAGUUACCGCGUCGUGGCUGCUCAAGCCUUUCAUCAUGUCCUCAGCUUGGCAACUAAGAACUUGUUGAGAGUCACCCAGGAAGAAGGCGGGGAAGUUAUGAUGAGUGUGAAACAGUGAACUGCUGACAUCACAACAGAUGGAUAGGGAUUUUGCUAUACUUGCUAUACUUGCUAUAUAACUUGCUUGAAUAUGGACCAGGAAACAUGACAAAUUAACGUUGUACGAGGAAAGGGGAAGACGAUGAUAAGCAUGGAGCGUUACUAAUGGGAUGUUGGGACUGAACUUACACACAUUAUUUUCGACUAUUUUGCUCAAGAUACCUACAUAUAUCUAUGUUUUGUUAGAUAUUUGCUAUCAAUAUACUAGCUCAGAG